AUCCUCCCUUGGCUAGCAGACGCAAUCUCGUGCGGUGGCGCGAUAAUGGACAGCUCAAGCAGUCAACCGACUAGCCGCACCCUGCAGUAUGCGGUCGCGCAGGCCCCUACGCUGCACGCUCAGUCACCAACACCGCCAGCUUCCCCCACGAAGAGGCGGCCCUUACCGAGUACACCUCCUUCCCGAUCUGCGACAAGCAGACCAGCUAGCGUGCAUGGGAAUAAGCUGGUGAAGAGGGACCCCGCGGCGUUGAGGGAGCGGAGGGCGUCGACGGCGACCGCAUCAACGUCGCAGAGGCCGUUGUCGAUCGCGACGUCGUCUGGGUUCGGUCACUCCACCCAGCUUCAAAGUCUUGCUAGCCCCACCCACUCAACACAACUCCAGACUCAUUCGACUCAUAUGGAGGCGCACUCAACCACCCACUGGAACUCCCUACCACCUCCACCACCGAGCACGAAACCCCUGAGCGCGGAGCAGUACUGGACAACGCGCGCACUGGCGGGGGAAUCAUUGCAUUCCGUGCACUUGCAUUAUCAGGAGAAGCUUCAACAAGCGGUAGCGGAGCAGGAGUGGAAGAGGGAGCGGGAAGUGGCCACACUGACCGAGAAGCACAAGGAAGAGCAAAGGCGGAAGGAGACGUUUAUGCUCACCCUACUCGUCGGGACCUUCAUUACCCUUCUCAUGACCCUUCAUGUCGCUGGACGCGCUACACAGCCACCACCACCGAAUAAAUGGCUUUCAACGCAUUUCACGAUACCAAUACUGUCUCCGUUCGCCUCGGUGGUCGAGCAUGAAGCUUCCAUUGUGGGCACGAAGGUUCUGUCGGUCUGCGUGCUAGUGUUCGGCGCAGUUGCAUAUGCAAGUAUACGAUACUGGCUGUCGAGACCGCGGUAGAGGAGGCAAGCGCGAGAGUAUGACUUGGUGUACUUCAGCCCGGUCGACGCCGCGGUGUGACCGAGGUCGCGGUCAGGAGGAUUCUCCGAGAGCGCAGGAGCUUGUGCUUCAAUGGAAGGAGGUUGGGAGAUGGUUCAAGGGGUGUUCGGAAGGCAAUGUGGCGUCACGGGGAAUUAUGCUUGCGAAGCUGAUGAGGGGACACCCUUGCUGCGUCUUCGCACUGUACCCAGGCCUCUGUAUCCUCAAUUGUUGUAUUCGUAUCUGUACUGCUGGGGCUGCUGUUAGUCAGUUGAGGGACC